CAGCACAUGAUGAGAGGACUUUGGCUGGGUCAGUUCUACACCUCUUGGUGUGUAUAAGAUGUGUCAUGAACAGUUGGUGUAUUUGGUUGAGUGUGUAUCCACAGUUAUUGCUUGGUGUAUGGAUGUUUGGGUGUCUGGAUUUACAGGUGUCUGGAUUAAUAGGUGUCUGGAUUAAUAGGUGUCUGGGUGUUGUUGCACGAUGGACUCAUAGCUCUUAUAUCAUCCAAUGAUGUUAUACGGCUCUUCAGCCACCAGCUGGGGCUCAAGGGCUCUCUGGAUACUUCAAAGAUGGGUGAGAAGAAGACUGCCACCAUGGCGUGCACGUUUUGCCGAAAGAGGAAAAGAAGGUGCGAUGGUCAAAAGCCAUGUUCGAUGUGUAUCAAGUACAACAAGGCCGAUUGUGAGUAUCCAGUUGAUAAGGAUAGAAGGAAAUGGAAGUUCGAUUCCACCUAUGUGGACUAUUUGGAGCUGAAAGCUGAUUUGAUAGAGCAGCUGGUUGAUGAGCUGGCUCGGGAGAACCCCGAAAAGGCCCAGCUGCUUGGCUUUGAAAAGUUGAAGGCAGAUCUGAACGAACUUCAACUCAACUCAGCAGGGAAUCCAAACAACAACAAGGUUGGUAUGAGUGAGGAAUUCGUUAAGAAUUUGGCAGACGAGGAGGCCAUAGAUGAGCUGGUGAAUACGAAAUGGCGUGUUAGACAGAAGUCGACGAAUAGGGAUAUCACCGAGUUCUACGGGCCGAUAAGUGGUCGCCAGAAAGUGGACGAGAGCCUAGAGAAGGAGGACCAGUUCAUUGGAGCAUCCACCAAGUUCGACUUGGUCUCAAGCUCUGCAGAGUUCAGAAGCCAGCUUCUGGAUAAUUUUGCAAAGUCCUUUGCCCGUUAUUUCUUAGCUUCGUGGCAGACUUUGGAUGAAGUUCGGACGUGGGAGUAUCCUUCACAGGACGUUUCCAAACAGCUGCUGAUGUGUGCAAUCUUCACGUAUGGAGCAUCUUUCAGUAACCAUCGAGACCUGGCAUUCACAUUCUUACAAGAGGCUGAAUUCAUGACGAUGAAGGCCUCAAAGAAUAUCAACGAAUACGUCUUACAGGCUUUCCUGAUACUGAGCUGUUUCCAACUGGGAAUGGGAUUGGAUGCGAAUUCAUGGGCAUACUGCGUCAUGAGUGCUAGUAUGACCCAGUACAUGGGUUUACAUCUAAUGCCCACCAUGAACUCAACGGCAAACAACACACUUGUCCCUUAUAGAGGGAAGUCAUCUGCGAUGUUCUGGUCCAUCAUACUUCAGGAUAGAAUCAUCACCAGUGUAUUGGGACGUGGCUGCCGUAUACAGUACUUCAGGGUGCAAACGGACUUCUACAAGCCGCUGCUAAGGCAGAAUAACCUGGAGGAAUACAUAACAGAGGUCUCGUUUGCAUUCCACACGAAGCUAUGGUUUAUCCAUGACAAAUUCCUUGGACAGAUCUACUCUUCAAAGGCUGAGUUCCUACACGCUUCUCAUAGACUCUCCUUGAUUCAACAGGGCGUUGAAGCACUACAAGAACUACAGAAUUCGCUGCCGGAGGACUUCAAGUUAUCGUAUGUAAUAACAGACACAAGGAUCCUGACAUUGCACCUGUCAUUUUCGGUGGUUUACCUGUUAUUGCACAGGGCCUAUCUCAAACAGAUGCCGUUGAAAGUUAUCAACACCAUGAUGCAACAGUGUGAGAUCUCUGCCGAUCUCAUAGGUCGGUUAACAGCACAGUUUGAGAGCAACGAGGACAUCCCGUAUUUUGCAUCGUAUCUCGUGCUCACUUGUGCAACGUUUGAUCUCUUCCUCAUGACCAACAAGGACGAGAGUCUGAGGUCGAGAAGUGCUGAUAGAUUGAAGAUCUACAUCACUUGUUUGGUGGUCAUUGGGAGGUAUUGGAGACGUGGUGUAAGGGAUAUCCAGGUGUUGAGCGAAUUGGCAAAGAGAUGGAAGAUCAACGUGCCAUGCCUCGAAGAGGCAUUAUCACGUCAAACAAACAGCUUUGGGAUGAGCGAGAUGCCAAACGAUCAAAGGGAUGCCAACUGCUUCAUGGAUCAAUUCCCAUUAUAGAAGGGCGUGUGUGUACAAUAUAUAGCGU